CCUCAUCUCAAAUCACCUGACAACCUAGCACAUAACUUCAUCAUGCAGUACUCAUUUCUCGUAGCCGCUCUUACGACUGCCCUGGUCUCGGGCACCGCGCUCAAAGAUCGGACGGCCGGAGAACCCGACAAUGUGGGCACGAGCCUCAACAAGCGCGGCUGCUUCGACGGCGGCGAGAAUUGGGGCGCCGACAGGAACUAUGCCUACAACUACGCCACCAGGGCGUGCGAAGAGGCCUUUGUCGGCACUUACAGGCCCGGGGACAUCAGGGCCAUCUGCUACAACCUCGACAGCACCAAGAAGGUCGACUUCGCCCUCGAGCUAAUCAGCAAGAGCAACCGCGACAUCGCGGCGGAUGAGUGCUACGACGGCCUCCAGAAGGAAAUCGGUGGGUGUGACAACGGCGGCAGCACUUCGUACACCAACUGGAAAUACACGUCUGAUCCAAAUGCCGGCCAAUGUGCCUAGGCCCCUCAAAAAUCUAGAGAGUUUAGGGAGUCUAUGUGUUGGAAUUGUGUUGCUCAAUUGGCGAAGAACAAGUUCCUGAAGAUGACAAAUGGCAGCACAUAGACGGCACAUUUCCUCAC